AUGGCUGCGGCAGUCAAAGCUAUCAAUGCGAAGAUUCGCGCCAACCCAGUCCUCGAUUACUUUUGCUCAACACAUUUCUGGGGACCAGCCUCAAACUUUGGUAUCCCGGUCGCAGCAGUCCUGGACACGCAAAAGGACCCCGAGAUUAUCUCUGGAACGUUCACGGGCGCGCUGACGAUCUACUCUGCGACCUUUAUGCGAUACGCCCUCGCCGUCACGCCCAAGAACUACCUCCUCUUCGCAUGCCACUUCGUCAACUUCAAUGCGCAGUUGACGCAAGGGUACCGUUGGUACGAUUACUGGUACCGAGGUGGUCAAGACCGAUGGGCCCAGAUCCGCGCCGAGCAGAAGAAACUCGCAGACACGACCGAGUCGAUAGCUGAGUCGGCCAAGGACAAAGUCAGUGCCGCUGUUCAAGAAGCCAAGAAGACUGUUUCGUAA